CCUCCACCACAAGAGGAAGAGAAGGAGGAGGGGCGGGUGGACUGGAUAUUCCUGCCGGGUUUGGAGAGGAAGGAGCUAAAGGGGAGGAACCUUGCAGACGGCAUGGCAACACACACCUUCAUAAAGUCUGCGGCACACCCGGCCUGCGGCCUCAGUUCGCCUGUCCUCUAACACACCAGCUACAGCUCCCCUGCAGUCAUGCUCAGCCUCAUCAAAUUUCCACGAGUCUUCAGCAUCAAUCAGGUGCCCAAAGUUUUCCAUGAGGACAGCAUCAUUUCUGGGUAUCGGCACCCUCGGAGCUCAGCUACUGACUGCAUCCUCAGCCUCUUCCAGAUGACCAAUGAGACGCUCAACAUCUGGACCCACUUUUUACCCACCUGGUACUUCCUGUGGAAGCUGGUGACAGUGGUGCUGAUGCAGCAGGGAUGGCAGGACACCUUCACCUGGCCUCUGCUGGUCUUCCUCUUCUCCUGCUGCAUCUAUCCCUUGGCAUCCAGCUGUGCACACACCUUUAGCACCAUGUCAGUGCGGGCACGCCACAUCUGCUUCUUUUUUGAUUAUGGGGCGCUCAGUCUUUACAGCCUGGGGUCUGCAAUUGUUUAUUCCUUUUACAUUUUCCCCGACAAGUGGUUGAACAGCACCUUUCACCAGUGGUACAUUCCCAUCGCCAUGGCCAACACCAUCGUCUGCACCAUCCUGGCCUGUUACUCCAGGCUCGGUCUUCCGUUCCUGCAGUAUAACCAUGAUGUUGUUAAAAGAUUACCUGAGAGUCCAAAGUUCAGCAAAUUCUUUCGGAUCCUUGCCUUUGCAUACCCCUACCUGUUUGACAACAUUCCUCUCUUCUACAGGGUGUUUCUAUGCACUGGGGAGGGCUGCACUGACAACGACACCAACAUGCUCCACUAUAAACACAUUGCCUUGGCUUUCAUCACUGGCUUUUUGUUUGCCAUGCGCUUCCCUGAGCGUUUGGCACCUGGCAGCUUCGACUACAUUGGUCACAGCCACCAGCUCUUCCAUGUGUGCGCCAUCAUAGGCACCCACUUCCAAAUGCUGGCCGUGGAGCAGGACCUGGUGAUGAGACGCUCCUGGCUCACCGUUAACUCCAUCCCCAUCUCGUUUGCUAACUCAGUGGGUCCAGCGCUGCUCUGUGUGGUGCUGAAUUUGAUCAUCAUCUUGCUCUUCAGUCUGCCUCUUCUCUCUGCUCCAGCAUGCCAAGAAAGCAAGCGUGAAAAAGAUAAAAAGAAACAGGCAACCAAGCACUGCUCCUGCUACUAAACCUUAAGUUAGAAGAAUAAGUGACUGGAGGAAAAACAAAGAAAUGGUGUAAAAGUAUUCAGCUGUGAUAGCCACUCAAAGUAUUCAAGAGCUGAGCUGAAAAUCAAAGAACACAUUAAGCAAUAAGCUGAAAUGCAGUGAGCACUGUAAUUAAUUCAACUGUUUCUGUGGAAACUUGUUCUUGUAUAGAGCUACAGGUGCAGCAGGUUGGCUGUAAUAUGUGUAGCUCCUUCGUAUGUUUGUACAGAUGUUAUUUUUUACUGAGUUUUCUGAGUGCCGUGCAGGUGGUGAAUGAAGAGACUGCAGGGGACGACAAUGAUGUCAAGUUCCUAAUUCCAUUUUAAUAUUGAACUCAGCUAAAGGCUGAGAUAGUCACUUUAAGUUUUCAUGUUCCUAACACUUCUUCUUCAAUCGUUUAGAUGGCACUGCUGAAUGUUUGGUUUUUGAGGUUGAAUUAUCAGCAUAGUGACGGCCUCAUAAGUGGUGUGGUAACAGAUGUUGCUGAAACUCUUAACCAAGGAUAUUGUCAUAAGAUUCAUGUGUUCAUUUACUUGGAAAAUGCUGCAAUUUCUUGUUUGUUUUGUUUUGAAAAAAGAUGUAAAAAGUAUUUAAGUGAACAGUUAUUUAUUGUAGGUUUUCCAGAUAAAAUUCUUACCUCACCUGAAUUUCUAUCUUUGGAUAACUUUCUGUGGUUUGUUAAACUAAUGUCAUUGUACCAGUUAAAACCUUUUAAAGCUAAUAAACCAAGCAGAGCUGCUUAUAUCUGUGA